AUGGUACAACUUGAAGGAAAACGCACGGCGCAAUAUCUGGAAUCGGAAGUCAUGCGAUUAUUGCAAAAAUUUUCAAUUCCCAUCGAGCGUGUCUACUCGAUGACUACGGACAAUGGCGCCAAUGUAGUGAAGACCUCCCAUUUACUCCAGGAGUAUGAUGCAACGCUGUUUUUUGACGAAGACAUAUAUGACAACUUCGAACAAAUUGAUGACCAAUUGCGUUUAGUACUUAGUGUGGUUCACUGUGCUGCCCACACUCUGCAGCUUGCUUCGUGGGACGUUAUAAGGACGAUUGAGCACGAGCUAGAAACUUGCCGCAAACCCGUUAAAAAAUUGCGGACCGAGCUUCGACACUUAAAUAUAACGCCUCCGGUAUUGGAUAAUGCAACGCGUUGGAGCUCCACCUACAAUAUGAUGAAAAGCCUUCAAUCAUGUAACAACCAUGAAAAUAUUCAGCAGCAUAAUUUGAAUUGGCAGUUUGUGGAUGACUUUUGUGAGGCAUUUGAACCAUUGGCCGACUGCACACUUGUUUUACAAACAAAGCAAAUGGUGUUUGGUGAUUUUUACCGGGAGUGGUUAUAUUGUGAAGCGCGUUUAAAACUGAUGUCGCGCAAUACCUUAGCACAACAUUUAUAUUCCGCAAUGACGAGACGGAAGAAAACAUUGGUGGAAAAUGAUGCAUUUUUGGCUGCUAUUUAUAUGGAUCCGCGAUUUAAUGACAAAGGCUCGCUUUUUAUAACUGAAGAGCAAAUACAAAAGGCCACGGAAAAAUUGCGUACAAUCUAUCAUAUUCAAACAAAUACUCAAUGCCCUGAGCCGUUGGGAGACAUAGGGCCGAGUACUUCGACAGCCAAGGAAAGCAAAUAUGACAUCAUUUUUGAGGAAUCUUCAUUAAUUUUAGGACCUAGUCGUACUUCCACAGAACUGAAAAUUCACAAUCUUCAAUUUGGUGAACGACUAUGCCUCGAAGAUGAUAUAUUGCUGCACUGGAAGUCUCUUCAACGUAGGGAACCCGAGCUGGCACAAAUAGUGGAAAUUGCGUUGGCUGUGCCUGCAACUCAGCAUGAGCUGGCGAGCGCAUUACUAGAGAGGGAACUACCUCCAAAGUCACAGCCCAGCGAUGAUUUGACGUCUUCGAUACCACGUCAACGACGCAAUAUCGCUCGCUGCCGGUGUGCGUGA